AUGGAUUUAUACAUCCGACCACUAUCAGUCAACGAUCUUGAUCGAUGCGUUGCAGUGGAGGCCGCAGCCUUCCCCCCCGCCGAAGCAGCGACUCGCGAAAAGGCAAGUUGCUUUCCAUAUCGGCCUUCGUUGGGGCAAGGGCGCGCUUGCAAAGAAGGCCACCGAACAUAUCUAAUUCGAUUGUGCAUUCAGAUUGAAUAUCGACUGACGGUAUGCCCCGAACUCUGCUUAGGAUUAUUUGUUCGUAAGGGCAAAAGUAGCCCAGAGAGCGUUAUCCGACAAGGGAUCACCCCGGUCUACAGCCCAUCCGAAACUUCGAGUCGUGAUGAACUUAUCGCACACACAAUUUCCACCAAGUCAAUCUCUUCUGUUGUCACAGACGAGGAUAUGGCUGUCCCAUCUGCGUGGAAGAUAAACCCGACCGCUACAUACGACGUGGGGCAUCGACCUGAAGGCAGAACUAUCACUUUGCAUUCACUGGCUGUCGCGCCCCAUUUCCAGAAGUCGGGUUACGGCAAAACCCUCAUGGCAUACUACAUCGAGCACAUGAUGCAAACGGCACAGGCAGAGAGAAUUUCCAUUCUCACUUACGACAGGCUGGUUUCGUAUUAUGAAAAGCUAGGCUUUACACACUAUGGCAAGAGCCAAUCCGAGUAUGCUAGAGUAGCUUGGCACGAUUUGGUAUGGUCUCUCGAGGGCAAUCAUACAAGCUUCCUACUAACGUUCUCUAUAUAG